AUGUCUCAAUUCUUGAGGAGCAUUUACACUCUCAUCCGUCCUUCGUACCGUAUCGUAUCGACUGGUCUCGUCGUCAAUAUUCCCCAAUUCAAAGAUCAGGAUUCAUGUGUCGUCUCUGAACCCGCCAUUAGAAGAGGCUUCUGUGUCCAAUCGAGUGGAGUCGUACUCCCACUACGCAAGCAGGCGAAAUUACCAAAGAUCGUACUGUGA